AUGGCCAAUAAGUUGUCCAUAGUUAUCCUUUGUGUUGCUUUGGUAGUGGUUCAUACCAUAGCAGCAAGAGAAAUGCCAAGUGACAAAGGUCUUGCAGACCAAAAGAAUGUUUUUGGAGGCACUGGAACUUUCGGUGGCAUUGGUAAUAAUGGCCUGCCUUUUGCCGGAGUUGUAAGUGGAGUAGGCGGCGAUGUUGGUGGGGUUGGUGGUGGAGUUGGUGUUGGAGCUGGAAUUGGUGGAGGACUUGGAGGUGGUGGAAUAGGUGGUGUUGGGAGUCUUGGUGGUCCAGGUGGCUUGGGGGGUCUAGGUGGUGGUGGUGGUGGUGGUGGUGCAGGGAACCUUCCACUUCCAUGA